CAAGAAGACUGCUCAAGAUAGAAUGCAUCUGCGGAACCUGUCCGGAAUUUCGAAAUUGUGACACCGAUAAAAGAAGUCGGUGGAAGUGUUGGCUGGGUUUUAUCACCCAUAUUAUUUUAGGCGCACUUUGCUGUCUAUGGGUUGACCCUAACAGCUUCUACGCUUAACGUUAUUUACCAUAGUCAUAUUCCUCGCUGACGGUGCACAGCUCAAAAAUGGACGAAAGAAUUGGUGACUGAGUAAGAGGAGACACAUAAGCCCUCCUCUGUCUCCACCCUGUGACACCCCACCCCACUCCUGGACUGCUCCAUCCCUUCCCGGAGGCCACGAUGGAGAAGCCGUGGAGGUUGUGGGGGCCUCUGGGCCGCUGCAUGCUGGCCACGGGCUCAUGGCUGUGGGGCGCAUGCCGCAUCUCGUUAUUGGCGCUCAUUCUGACCUUCCACCUGUACGGCGGCUACCUGCUGCUGGGGCUCAUCCUGUGCUCGGUGGCCGGCAUCCUCUAUAAGUUCCAGGACGUGCUGCUCUACUUCCCCGACCAGCCGUCAUCGUCGCGCCUCUACGUGCCUGUGCCAACGGGCAUCCCGCACGAGAGCGUAUUCGUUCGCGCCAAGGACGGCGUGCGCCUCAGCCUCAUCCUGCUCCGCUACACCGGUGACCCAGGGGUCACAGACCCCACGGCGCCCGCCCCGACCAUCCUCUAUUUCCACGGCAACGCGGGCAACAUCGGGCACCGCGUGCCGAACGCGCUGCUCAUGCUGGUCAACCUGAAGUCGCACGUGGUGUUGCUGGACUACCGCGGCUAUGGCAAGAGCGAGGGCGAGCCCAGCGAGGAGGGCCUGUGGCUGGACGCCGAGGCAGCACUGGACUUCGUCAUGACGCGGCCCGAGGUGGACAAGACCAAGGUGGUGCUGUUCGGCCGCUCGCUAGGGGGCGCCGUGGCCAUCCGGCUGGCGGCGGCCAAUCCGCACCGCGUGGCGGCGCUGAUCGUGGAGAACACCUUCCUGAGCAUCCCUCACAUGGCCGCCACGCUCUUCUCCUUCCUGCCCGUGCGCCACCUGCCCCUCUGGUGCUACCGCAACCAGUUCCUGUCGUACCGGCAGGUGGCGCAGUGCCGCAUGCCCUCACUCUUUGUCUCGGGCUUGUCGGACCAGCUCAUCCCGCCCGUCAUGAUGAAACAGCUGUACGAGCUCUCGCCCGCGCGGACUAAGCGGCUGGGCAUCUUCCCCGAGGGCACGCACAACGACACGUGGCAGUGCCAGGGCUACUUUGCCGCCCUCGAGCAGUUCAUGAAGGAGCUGCUUAAGAGCCAUGCCCAGGAGGAGACAGCGCAGGGCUCGGCCAGUGUCACCAUCAUCUGAGGGAGGGAGGGAGGGAGGGUCGCAGCAAAGACACCUCUUAGACCUCCUCCAUGGGGUUGCCAUUAUCUUUGCGCAACACAUCCAUCAUUUGGUUCUAAAUCAGAAUGUACACUUCUUUUCUAUCCUUUUCAACUUGUUUGUUUUCGUUUUCUUUUUCCACUGGACAAACCUCACUGACUUACGCCAAUGUAACCAGACACAGCGAUGGUAGGACCGGCACGUGUGUGGAGACAUGGGAGUAGAAAUGUAAAAAAAAUGUUCAGAGUGAGACAUUUUUUCUCCCCCUAAAGCUACAGUGAAUGCAUGAGAAAAAAUAUCAAUUAUGACCGUACCUAUCUGACAGUGUAUUUAUGUUUGCCUAAUAUAUACAUCUGACUGAAGCUGGUCAGUGAAGUUAUAUGAAAUGUAUUGAUCCAUUGAAUUACUAUUUUGACGUACAGGGGAGGAAGGCUACCUAAUUACAAAAUCGUGAUGUUCGAUUUGUGGUGUGAAUUGGAGUGUGCGCGUGUGCACUGUCAAACUCUUUUAACUAAAGAAAUUAAAAGAAUAAUGAUUAUUUGAAAUUCUGAUUCAUGAUCUAAGUGCAUAAUAUCCAAGCCUUCGGGUCGAAGCAUUUAACAUCCCUUUUGCAAAUGGAUUAAUAGACAAGACAGGCUAUCUUUUGAAAUUAAACCAAGUGUUGAGAAAUACAUUUUCAGAAUGCAGUGUUAUUCUGUAGUAGCAGACUUCUCAAACAACGCAGUGGGGUGUAGAGAUUGAGCUGAAGUGGCGGUGAUCCUCGGCUACAACCUAUUAUUAUUUUGGAAAUAAAGUAUGUUUGUGAAAAGACCAAAAAUUCUUUGCACACAUUUGGUCCAGUAAGUAUUUUAUGUUGUUUUAAUGGAUGCAGACCCCUUUGGAAACCCUCACAGAAUGAAUGCCCCAGUCUCCCUGACUUGCCAUUCAAAAUAUAUGCUGCAUUACGACAAAAGUCCAACCUGUUUACCAGUUCGUCCGGAUGUAAAUAACCAUAUUACACCAUCAACUGUGCUGCUUAUCAUCGUACUCUUUUUCCCUGAUCUUUUCCUGAUUUUGGAUAUUAUAGAGUUGGGCAUGUACAAAAAAACGUCUAAAUGUUUGAGAGUUUGCCUGUUUGAGUCGUAUUUAUAGGUUUUUGGGUAGGUCGAUGCAGACACUAGGAACUGUGUGCCCCUAUAUUCAGACAGACUUUUAAAAAAAAAUCGUUUUGUGGCGUGCAAGAACAGCAAAGUGGUCCUAAGCUUGUCUUCCAGAGGGCUUUGGCAGCCGUACUAGCAGAACAUGGGCAUGAGGGAGGUACCACCACUGCCUAAGAGGCAUUCAGGGUAUGAGGGACGUAGCCUACUACCACUGCCCAGGAGGCACAAAGCCAUUACAGUUCCUGGUCUGCACUGUCCUGAGCAGAUUUCUUGUGAUUUUGUUUUUCUCCCUUUCUUAACAUGACUGUGCUCUCAACAGACUUGGCUCUGUGUUGGUUUGGUUCUGAUGUACAAAAGUAAGCUAUGAUAAGUUUCAUAAAAAUUAUUUUCAAAUCGUUUUUCAUUUUUCAUAUGGUGUCAAAUUGUAAAGUGAUACAAAGUAGGGGUUUGUAAAGCAUGGAUUAACAUGUUUUUUUUUUUUUUUCUUUUUUGCCUUACAUUAACAACUCUUUCAUUUGGCUUAUUGAGCACUUUCUCUGAGUGUCCUAUGUGUAUCUGUGUGACUGUCUGUCUGUAUGUAUGUAUGUAUGUGUGUGUGUAUGGGGGUCGCUGGCAGUGUGUGUGCACGCAUAUGUAUGUGUUUGUAUGUGAAGGUGUUCCUGUUUGUGAUGAGUCCUGAUUGGAGCCUGGAAUUUGUAAGAGACAUACUGAUAUUUUCUUAUGUGUUGAUUUUGAUUGCAAAUGCAGUGUAGAUACAUUAUCAUUAGAUUGGAUGAAUGUCAUUUAAGUAUGACUCUUAAAGUCCAUUACAUAUAUACACUUUAUUUUAAGUUAAAUGUUCUUGGUAUAUAUUUUCUUGACCUUGAUGUAAUUUAGAACCAUACUGGUUAACCUUAAAUCUUUUCCAUUGAAACUCGGCAUCAGAUCAACUAGAGAAAAGGCGAUUAGCAUGGUCCUAUUCCAUUAUAACCACUUGACCUUACAUGGUGCGAGCUAAAGUGUCCAGUGUCUGCCCAAGGCCUUGUGCGAGAGGUCACUCAGAGACCACAACUAGGUGAUUUUUUUUGCUCCCAUUAAUGUGUGUGCAGUGUAACUUGAAAUGACUAGUGAGAGAUUACGAAACAGGCCAUUCUCAGAAUGCCAGUGGUUGCCUCUUUCUGUGAGUUCUGUGAGACUGGGCUCCAGGAGCUUUGACGUGGAUGUGAUUUAAUUGUCCGAGAUUGUGAGCCCCCUCUGCUGCAUGUCCUUGGACUGAUCUACUGGGCUUUGUUUCAGUUCCCAUGGACCUUCACACACAGCACACACACAUAAUACACACGCACAUACACCAUCCAUUAUCUUGGUCUUGUUAAUAGCAUGUCUUUGUUUUAGUUCCUUGAUUAUUUGGUGCAAUUAUUAUUUGUUAUUAUUAUUUGUUUGUGUUAUGAUGACUGGAAGUUUUAUGUAUGGUAACAACAUAUUAGUUACCAUAGCCAAUGCUUCAUCGUGACUAGGAUUUGUUGACAGCAUUUUGCCUUUGGCAAGUUUCGUUCAAUGUCUAUUUGAAAAGCUUGGUUGUGUUUGUUCUCCUCAUGCUUGUAAUGAUCAACAGCACAUGUAUUAGCAGGAUGUGUAUAUUUUCUCAUUUCAUUUGAUUCUUUUCUGUGCACUCCGUCACAUUUUCUGUUACUUGUACAGUUACAGUACAUGCAAUAAAGACAUGUAAAUCUAA